AUGUUCGCGUCCUCAGAAGGUAGUGUUCGUGGUGAAACCAUUCUUCGCAAUCAGCAAAAAGGGUAUCAAAAUGAUACUCUCAAUCCAUACUUCAUGCAUCCAAACGAAAAUCCGGCGUUGGUUCUCGUUACUCCUCUCUUAUCAAGCAGCAAUUAUCAUUCUUGGUCUCGUUCCAUGACAAUGGCGCUACGUUCUAAGAACAAACUUCACUUCAUCAAUGGUGCUUUACCUCGUCCAUCAGAUCUUGAUUUCAACUCCAUUUUUUGGGAUAGAUGCAACACCAUGAUCAUGUCAUGGAUCAAGAAUUCUGUAGAACAUGAAAUUGCUCAAAGCAUUCUUUGGAUUGAAAAUGCAGCUGACAUGUGGAUUGAACUGAAGGAAAGAUUCUAUCAUGGUGAUGUUUUUCGCAUCUCUGAUCUACAGGAAGAAAUCUGCACUUUAAAGCAAGAGUUAGAUAAUUUUCGUCCCAUUCCUACGUGUGACUGUGAUCCUACAUGUUGUGCUAUCACUAAGAUUCGCACCUACAGAGAUAGUGAUCAAGUUAUUCGAUUCUUAAAGGGUUUGAAUGAUCAGUAUGCCGCAAUUCGAUCUCAAAUUAUGAUGAUGGAUCCACUGCCUAACAUAUGCAAGGUUUACUCUUUGCUUGUUCAACAAGAAAGACAAUCUUGCAUCCCUCUUGAUGAACCAAAAGUGUUAGCUACUCCUAGCACUAAUCGUGAUCCACAAUCCAUAAGUAAUUCUCGAGGCAGAGGUAAUUCUCGUGGUGGAAGAUCCCUUGGUGGCAGAGGAAGAGGUAAUCGUGUCUGUACUCAUUGUGGAAUGACAAAUCACACUGUUGAUACUUGCUUCAAAAAGCAUGGCUAUCCUCCCAAUUGGAAACCAGAUGGUACAGUCAACAAUUAUACCACUUCACAUGACAAAUCUAAUGCUCAUCCAAGUGAUGAUUCUGAAGCUAGUGCAUAG